CAGCGCCAGGGCACUGAGGAGACCUCAUUACAAGAAAGAUGGGUCUGACUUUGGCUUUGGUGCUACUUAGCCAAGUAGCUUUGCAUGCAACUGCAACUUCCAAGACAGUCUGUAGUCGCCCACUUCUCCUUGAUGGCAUCAAUGAGUCAACCCUAAAAGGAGUAUAUGAGGUUGGAGAGGAGGUGACCCUCACAUGUGAGCUGGGGUACAUGCCUUCCACUGCAAGUGCUCACAAGAUCACCUGCACCCCCACAGGAGAGUGGACAACAUCAGAUCUGAUAUGCUCCCCUAAGAUGUGCCCGAUUCCAAAACCUCUGCAGCCUUUAGCAAAGACAGAGGCUCCAUUCAAGAGUGUACUCAACUACACCUGUGAUGAAGGGUAUGUUAUAUUAGGAGCCAGUAAAAGCCAAUGUUUGCAGGACGGCACAUGGAGCCAUCCGCCACCCCUAUGCAAAGCUGUGAACUGCCCCCUACCUAAACCUCCCAGUGAUGGCAGAAUCAUCCAUGAUAAGCCAAUCACUGGAACCACCACCAUGUACGGACAAGGCUGGACAUACGAGUGUAACCUUCCCAAGGCACCCAGUUAUGAGAGGGGAUACUGCAAGGCUGAUGGAAGCACUACUGAACCACCAGUAUGUCGCGUGGUGAGUUGCCCCAUCCCCACAGGGAUACCAAACGGCUUCAUCACAUUCGCUGUCAUAAGGGAGCAUGGCUACAAGGAUCAGGUUAAGUACUCCUGCAAUGAACACUACGUCCUGGAUGGUGAUCCUCAGAUUCAGUGUGAAAACACAGGAACCUGGUCUGCCAAGCCAGUCUGCAGGGCUCCCUGUGCAGUGGGAAUUAAAAGAGGUCGGAUUUUCUACAACUCCAAGAAGCUCUGGAUCGCAGACCUCAAACCCAAUAGAGUCCUCCAUGGAGAGCAUGUCGCCUUCUACUGCCUGAACAAAGGUGACAGGUGUGGCUACCCCGUGGCCAGCACCUGUAAUGAUGGCACGCUCCCUAUCCCAGAAUGCUUUGAGGAACCAGGCAAAUUGGAGUACAAUUUAAGGCCGACAACACUUCCAUCAGAAAUCACAAUGUGUGCUACAAGUCCCACAAGUCCUUCAAGUACUGCCUAAGCACCGCAUGAAUCACGAUACUUUAAAGGGGUCAACUUAUACCUGUUUUUAGGCAAUCUGAUAAAAAACUUUAAUGUUUUAUCUUGUUUAACAUACUGACCUGUGAACAUCAGAAAAUAAAAGUUGGAAUCCUAAAUCUCAUCUCAUAUUAAACCUUUGAUCUCAAACUCAAAUGUCUUCAGUCUAUAGAAAAAGAG